CAGAACCUGUUCUGCUUCAGAACUCCUCCUCAGAAACCUCUGAAGACMCAGUGGGAACUCAGCUCCUCGAGGCAACAAAGGAUCCUGAAGUCACAGGAGGAGGCCAGCCAGAGUCUCAGCCCUCCAGUGGGAAGAAUCAAUCUAAAAAGAAAAAGAGAAAAAGAAACCUGCAUGAUUCUACAGCUGGUGUCACAGAGCUGGAGGAGAAGAAGCAGAUAUCUGCUUCAGCUGAGGUGUCCUCUGAAGCAGAGGCGUCAACACAAGUGAAGAACAAAAAGGACCUGAAAACCAAGGAUGACACACAGAUCUUAUUAGUCAGAUGUGAGACAAAGGCUUCACCUGAGGUUUGUGUUAAAAGCCCUAAAAACAAGAGUCAAAAGGCUGAUGUGGAUCCUGGUUCAGUGAAUGGUACGAGUAGAUCAGAGGUCACAUCAGAAAACUGCACAGGUUCAGCUGAAAACCGUCCAAACCCUGGGCUUGAUGUAACACUUUGCAACGCUCUGUCAACCAAGAAGCUCAAAAAGAAGGGACCCAAAGCUGAGAAGGUUGGAGCGAAUGCUACAGUGCAACUUACAAAGAUGAAAAAGAAGGAGAAGAGAAAACAGGAAGUGAAACCUGCCCCACAGGUGGAGAGGGGUCCGAUGCUUGAUGACUCACCUGCUGCAGAAGAUUGUGCUGCGACACCACUGAAGAAGAAAAAGAAACAGAAAAGUUCUGCAUCUGCAGAGGAAGAGAAAACACAAAUAACUCAGAUGGAUGUUCAAACAAGACCACUAACAAAAAAGAAGAAGAAAAAGAUGGUGAAGCAUAAUCCAGAUGCCAGCCAGCUGCAGGUGGAUGGUGCACACACACAACCUCCAUCCCUGGAUGAUGACUCCGUCGUGUCGACUGGGAAAGCAGCGAAGAAGAAGAAGAUCCCCAUUGAGUUUGAGUAUGAAGCAGAUGAAGUGGAGGUGAUGAUACCAGUCAGCCGGGUUACUAAAGCUAAAACCAAACGAGGCAGUAAUGUCAGCCAGCCAUCCACUCCUUCAAAUCUAGAAAAUUCACUAAAGAAGAAGAGGAGUAUCAAAGAAUCUGAAUCYGACUUUAUCACCUUUCAGACUGAAUCUCCAGUCCCAACGCCUCUGUUCUGUAAGACCAACAGGAGCCCCAGUACCCCAAUGUCCACCAAGAAGAAAAUACUUACUUCCAUGUCAGACUCAAAGAAGGUGACUUUUGGACUCAAGAAUAACAAAACAGCUGAGUUUAAGAAGACCGACCGCAGUUUACUGCUGAGUCCAGAUGGGUCGUCACGAGUGCCUUUUGACCCACAGCAGAAGCCAAAGUUUGGGGUCCUAAAGUCUUCACCCACCCCCCGCAAGAAGACCUUCUCCAGUACACCAACAAAGAAAGUUCAAAAAAGACCCAAGGCAGCAGACUUUUUCUAAUUUGUUUUGACAAACUGUAAUUACAUUAAUGUGAUUUUUGAACUAAAGAAAUAUUUUAAGUUUUAUCUGAUAUCACUUGCUUUGUUUUGGCUAUACAAACAUUUAAGAAAGUGAUCCAGUUUAGCUUUCCUGGCUUUUUAUGUUAAAGAAUAUGUUUGUUUAAAAAUAGAAAUGGAUAACCUAGACUGUUUGGGAGUCUUUAUAUGAGGAAUACCUGCCACUAAUAAUAAAACAGUUGGUUGACAGCCUAAAAAGAAACAUCACAUUUAUCUUUUCUACUCUUCUUAAUAAAAGACUGAAAAAUUGAAA